UCUUGGCUACAAUUUUCCGCAGCGCCCACAAACAAAAGAUUGGGAAACGUCACUCGUCAGUGAAGUCCACCUCUCAAAAAUCAUAAUAAUAUUAAAAAGAGAAAAGAAAAACACCUCUCUCUAUUCUUUUCUCUCUUCUGGUAGUAAAUUAAUCUCUUUGUUUUUUGAAUGCCAGAUAUCUGAUAGAGAUGAAACUUCAACAAAGUUGUAAUCUUUAUCAUGUAUAAACAACAAAAAAACGUCACUCAAAGUUUCCCACCACUAUUUUGUUUCUUUCCCACUUUUUUUGUGUGUUUUAAGGAGUAAAGGAACAAAGAAAAAUGAGUUCAACAAGUAGAGGGUCACAAUCCCAGAACAAUAAUCAUAAUCAUAAUAAUAAUAAUAAUAAUAAUCCUCCUGAUUCAAUGAGUAAAGCAAUUGCUCAAUAUACAGUUGAUGCUCGUUUACAUGCUGCUUUUGAGCAAUCUGGGGUUUCUGGUAAGUCUUUUGAUUACUCUGAAUCAAUUAGAACAUCUACAAUUCAAUCUUUUCCUGAACAACAAAUUACUGCAUAUUUGUCUAAAAUUCAAAGGGGUGGUUUAAUUCAGCCUUUUGGGUGUAUGAUAGCCAUUGAUGAGUCUAGUUAUAGGGUGAUUGCUUACUCUGAAAAUGCAAAAGAAAUGUUGGGUAUUAACCCUCAUACAGUGCCUUCACUUGAGCUUGAGAGGCCUCAAGUUUUGAUGAUAGGAGUUGAUGUUAGAACCCUUUUCAUGUCUUCAAGUGUGGUGUUGUUGGAAAAAGCUUUUGGGGCUAGGGAAAUCACACUAUUGAAUCCUGUGUGGAUUCAUUCUAAGAUUUCAGGGAAACCCUUUUAUGCAAUUUUGCAUAGGAUUGAUGUUGGGAUAGUUAUUGAUCUGGAACCUGCUAGGACUGAGGACCCGGCGCUGUCGAUUGCUGGGGCCGUGCAGUCUCAGAAGCUCGCCGUGAGGGCGAUUUCACAUUUGCAGUCUUUACCUGGUGGGGAUAUUAAGCUUUUGUGUGAUACUGUGGUUGAGAGUGUUAGACAACUUACUGGUUAUGAUAGGGUUAUGGUGUAUAAGUUUCAUGAAGAUGAGCAUGGGGAGGUUGUGGCUGAGAGUAAGCAACCUGACUUAGAGCCUUAUAUUGGGUUGCAUUAUCCUGCCACGGAUAUACCUCAGGCAUCGAGGUUUUUGUUCAAGCAGAAUCGAGUAAGGAUGAUAGUAGACUGCCAUGCUAAACCUGUGUAUGUAGUUCAGGAUGAACUUCUCCAGCAGCCUCUUUGCUUGGUUGGCUCCACACUUAGGGCUCCUCAUGGUUGUCAUUCUCAGUAUAUGGCUAAUAUGGGCUCGAUUGCCUCUUUAGUCAUGGCGGUGAUCAUCAAUGGAACUGAUGAUGAAGGUGCAACUGGAGGUAGAAAUCCAAUGAGAUUAUGGGGUUUGGUGGUGUGCCAUCACACAUCUCCACGGUCUAUUCCUUUCCCGCUUAGGUAUGCUUGUGAGUUCUUAAUGCAAGCCUUCGGCCUCCAAUUGAACAUGGAGUUGCAGUUAGCCACUCAGAUGUUAGAAAAACGUGUACUAAGGACUCAAACUUUGUUAUGUGAUAUGCUACUCCGGGAUUCUCCUACUGGAAUUAUUACUCAAAGCCCUAGCAUAAUGGAUCUGGUGAAGUGUGAUGGGGCAGCACUGUUGUACCAUGGUAAAUACUAUCCAUUAGGUGUGACCCCAACCGAGGCCCAGAUAAAGGAUAUUGUGCAGUGGUUAUUAACUUACCAUGGGGACUCUACUGGUCUGAGCACAGACAGUUUGGCUGAUGCAGGUUACCAUGGAGCAGCCGCACUUGCUGAUGCAGUUUGUGGCAUGGCUGUGGCUUGUAUAACUCAAAGAGAUUUCCUUUUCUGGUUUAGAUCACACACUGCAAAGGAAAUCAAGUGGGGUGGUGCAAAGCAUCAUCCUAAGGACAAGGAUGACGUGCAAAGGAUGCAUCCACGCUCUUCAUUUAAAGCUUUUCUGGAAGUUGUCAAAAGUCGGAGUAUGCCAUGGGAGAAUGCAGAGAUGGACGCAAUACAUUCCUUGCAGCUUAUUCUGCGAGACACGUUCAAGGAUGCAGAUGCUGCUAAUACAAAGGCGGUUGUGUACACUGAUGAUGGGGAUGUAGAGAUGCAAGGGAUGGAUGAGCUAAGCUCAGUUGCAAGAGAAAUGGUUAGGUUAAUUGAAACUGCAACGGCACCAAUAUUUGCUGUUGAUGUUAAUCUCCGCAUUAAUGGGUGGAACGCAAAGAUUGCUGAGUUGACUGGGCUAUCUGUGGAGGAAGCCAUGGGAAAAUCUUUAGUUCAUGAUCUUGUUUACAAAGAGUCUGAAGAAAUUGUUCAGGACCUUCUUCAUCACGCUUUAAGAGGUGAAGAAGAUAAGAACAUAGAGAUAAAAUUGAAAACAUUUGGCUUGGAGCAGCAUAAUAAAGCUGUUUAUGUAGUUGUCAAUGCUUGCUCUAGCAAAGACUAUACAAACAAUAUUGUUGGAGUAUGCUUUGUUGGCCAAGAUGUUACGGGUCAGAAAAUUGUAAUGGAUAAGUUCACCAAUAUACAGGGUGAUUACAAAGCUAUUAUUCACAGCCCGAAUCCUUUGAUUCCUCCUAUUUUUGCUUCAGAUGAGAAUACUUGUUGCACUGAGUGGAACACUGCCUUGGAGAACCUCACUGGAUGGAGCAGAGCAGAGGUGAUAGGAAAGAUGUUGGUCGGAGAAAUCUUUGGUGCUUGCUGCCAGCUUAAGGGUCAAGAUGCUUUGACCAAAUUCAUGAUUGUUUUGCAUGGUGCCGUUGGAGGGCAGGAUGCUGACAAAUUUCCAUUUUCUUUCUAUGAUCGUAAUGGAAAAUUUGUCCAAGCGCUCUUGACUGCAAAUAAGAGAGUUAACAUGAAUGGCCAUAUAAUUGGAGCCUUUUGCUUCUUACAGAUUGCGAGUUCUGAAUUGCAACAAGUGAUAAAAGUCCAGAGACAACAGGAAAAAUUGUGCUUUGAAAGGAUGAAGGAACUGGCUUAUCUUUGUCAAGAAAUAAAGAAUCCUUUAAAUGGGAUACGUUUUGCUAAUGCACUUUUGGAAGCUACUGAUUUGAGUGAAGAUCUAAAGCAGUUUAUUGAGACCAGCAGUGCUUGUGAGAGACAAAUUCAGAAGAUUGUAGGAGAUAUUAAUCUGGACAUCUUCGACGACAACACUAUGAUGCUGGACAAGGCUGAAUUUAUGUUGGGAAGUGUCAUAAAUGCGGUUGUCAGCCAAGUUAUGAUAUUGCUGCGAGAAAGAGGCUUACAAUUAAUCAGGGAUAUUCCAGAAGAAAUUAAAACUCUGGCUAUUUGUGGGGAUCAAGUUAGAAUACAACAAAUCUUGGCAGAAUUUUUGGUAAAUAUGGUUCGUUAUGCACCUUCUCCCGAUGGCUGGGUGGAGAUUCAUGUUCAACCAAGACUUAAGCAGAUAUCUGAUGGGCAAAAUGUUGUUUACAUUGAGUUCAGUGUUGGAAAUUCUAUGAGGGAUGUGUUACUGAAAGUCUGAAAGACCUGUAAAAUUUGGCGGUAUAUCUACUUCCUCAAACAUUUUUUUAAACAUUAAAUGCUGCAUUGGGUCAAGCCAAAUGACUUGGUUGAAACUUAAAGGCCACAAGUCUUUCAAAAUAUAAUUGCUCCAGAUGUAGUAAUGCUGCAAAACGAUUUAUACAGAACAUGUGUUAUAUAUGAAGUUCAGAAGGUUCAUCAGUUUUUCCAGAGUUUAGUCUAUUACGUUCCAUGCCACUCAUUUGGUUCCCUUUUAUGUUCGUCAUAUAUGUCAUUACCAUACCAAACCAUACCAUCGUAUUCUUCUUAAUGGGUUUUGUCUUUGGUGAUGAUGGGGUAUUUGACAUGUGUAUUCCCAACCAUCCAAUCAACUGACUGUCUUCUUCAUUAUUAUAUGCAGUCUCAUGUAACCGAAAGCUGAAUAAUCCUGCAAUGAUAACUACUCUUUCAGCUUUUGAGGAACAUGAAAUUGAUCAUUCAUCUCAUUCUUGAAAUUGGUUUAGAGUUAAAAGAGCAUUUGAACUACUUUUUCUUCGCACUUAAACAUUCUUCCUUUUUGGAAACAAUGAACUCUGAGUUACCUGUAUCAUAGCUGAAGUACAGAGCAGAACAUGGAAUACAAGGUCAGCAAACACUCCAAAAAUAUAAAAUAUAAACAGAAACUUCAAAACAACACCUCAAAAGAUCAGAGGAUUACUAAAGCUUGGAGAUACCUGCUAAGAGUUUCCUGCGGAUUCUAUUCAACAUGUCUUUUCUGCAAGCCUCAUGUCUUAUGUCAAUCUGAUAAAGAUUAUCUAUUAAGAAUCCCGAGUUUCCUAUUAAAAUAUUUGGAAUUCUUUUGCAUUUGUUUCCUCUGAAAAUGAUUGCUGGACCAAGCAGCUGAUCGCCUGAUCCUGUUUGGAGGAUCUUUCUGGAUAGUCUUCGAUAUCUUCUGCAGACUCCAGUGAUUAAAAUCCAAGCAAUUGAACAUAUUUCCCCCACAGUUCCACGCAUCCUUCAAGUUCAAGGGGCAUUUUCGAUAAACGCUCGCCGGUAUUCGACCACUGUGGUGGUUUGCUUGGUGGCUAACCACUGCUCCCACAACGAGCCACAAUGAGUCGGGCGGAACUGUCGCAGUAAGUAGUCCUUCAGAUCUGCCCACCACCUUAUUGGUCUCCUCCUAUUCUCCCAUUGGUACCAUCGAAGGGCGUCGCCCUCCAUGGAAACCACCGCCGCCUCGAGGGCUUCACUCCCACUUAAACCAUAGAACGAAAAAUAACGUUCUGCCCUAAGAAUCCACCCAUCUGGGUCACUCCCAUCAAAGAGAGGCAUCUCUAACUUCCGAUACCGCCAGUUACCUCCUCCUUGAUUUCCUCCUCCGGGACCACCGCCGGAGCCACUAUCACCACCCACUCGCCCUCCUCGGCGGAAUCCUCGGUACUCUUCCUCUUCCCCCAGAUUUACCAUCUCCGGAGCCCGGCGCUCAGGUUGUCGGGGGAGGCCACUUGCAGUUUCCGGCGUCUCUGGCCCAUGUUGUGGCAAAAUCGCCCGGAUUUCGGCUUGAAACUUCUUUUGUUCGGCCCGCAAGCCUAGAAUCGACCCCUCCUGGGUUUCCCUUGACCGGUUGAUCCGAUCCUCCAACCGGACGGCCAAGAUCUCCAGUUCCUCCCGGCUUUUUCUCGCCGCCUCAUUCUGACCCUCUAAGAUCUGGGUCGUCAGUGACUCACUCAUGGCGUUAAUGGCGGAUUCUACAGCCCUGGACACCAUGGUAGCCACGUUUCCUUCAAGAGCUGUCAUCCGUUCUUCCAACGAAUCAACCCUCUGAGCUUCAUUUCUGGGCGCCAUGGAUCGAUGCUCUGAUACCAAGUGUGAUGAUUUCACUUAUCCUUAAGUCACCUGCGCACAAAAUAAAGAUCCCAACAACAAUUGCUACAGAAAGUAAGAGUUUUUUGAUUGAUUGCAAGAAAAUAAACAGAGCAUUCGAGAGGCUCCAACUCUCCCAGAGACUACAACUUACUACAAAAUACCACACCUCUUUUCUACUCUCUCCCCUCUAUUUAUACUCUACUUCUUACUGAAUAACGGCUACUGAUUAUUCCCCUUAGCUGGCACUGUCACCCCCACUAUUCUCGCUGACAUUUCUGAUAUUCAGUGAUAGUGCUUCUGAGUAAUGAUUUUACCCCCCUCCUUGGACAGGUUUGCCCCUCCACUUCUUGCGUGCAUACGUCAGCCAAGGUUUGGGAGUUGGAUUCAUUACAGAAUAGUAAAUGUUGCUACGAUUUUGAAAUUAUCUGUAUAAAGCCAAAACUUCACGCGUUUGCAGAAGCCCUCGAUUGACUCUGACAGUUCAUCAACAAACAUGAUAUGAUUUGAAGUUGAAUGUAAUUGAAAUUGAAAUCUUGAAUAGUCGAAUGUCACCGAAUAUCCUUCGAGUGUGUGAUUGUUUGUUAGAGACUGUCAUUAUCUGCUAGAGCCGUUAUUUUCAUCUAAUCAUUCAGCAUUAAAUGCCUUGCCUUUCCUUUUGACCUGACAAUCAACAUAAGGGGUUCCUUCAUCCUCUAAAGACUGAUCUCCAAACACAAGGAUAUGACAUAGUGAUCAUUUCCACAAAAACCCUUCCUUGACAAUCCUAAGUUCUAUUGGAGGGUGGGGGAGAAGAUUAUUGGCUGAUGCAAUUUCAUAUAUCAGUCUGUAUUGAAGAUGGGUUUGUAUUGACGGGUUAAAUGUCUUUGAUAGAAGUUGGUCAUUGGGAUACAAAACCUUGACUUCAUUUAUGAGGCCACAGGUUUUGCAAUUGGGACAACCCACCAAGGAUGUGACUGGCUUUUAUGCUUGUAUGUCGAAUAAAAGGUCACCCGAAAUUUAUUUGUUUCUUUGCAUGCCUUGGGGAGUAAACAAGAAUAUAAUUCUAUCAUCUUCUUUCAUCCUUUUGCAUUGUACGUUCUUUUGAGUGAUACUGCCAUAACAUAAUGACAAUUUCUGCUGGGUUUGAGAAUACGUUCUGUUUCUUCGUAUUGAAUAGUGACCGUCUUAUAGAAUACAAACCUUGACUUCAUGGAUUUGAGGCCAUAUGUUUUACCGAAAAUUGACAAACCCCGUGGAUGAUCCACUCUAGUAUGCUUUGUGAUGAACUCUGUUCACCAGCAUCUGUGUCACAGUCAACACACCAACAACAGUACACCAGAACAACCAACAAGCAACAAUGAAAAUAUGGAAAACAGAAAAUAAGAGAAGAUAGAUGAGAGGAAGGUGAUAAUGGAAAUUGAUAAACAAGUCACAACAAGUCGGUGAGCUUUCGAGAGGCUCCCACUCUCCCAAUCCCAAUUUCCAUACAAUGAUUAGCUAACUGACAUCUAGCCUCCACUCCCCUUUUAUUCUACUUUUCCUUCUGUACAAGCACUCACUCAACCAUAACAAACUUCUGCCAUAUUGCCACGUAAUAUUCCUUCUGCCCCUCAGCUC